CCACGCGGAUCGUUGACUGCAGUGGAUAGUGUAACAAUGUGUUAUCUUCACAGUAUUAUCAUCACAUGUGACCGUUAUCACUGUUGACUUUCUGAUUUUAUCUCAUCGAACAAAGACAUUUUUACACUGAAAAAAUGAUCGCUUACGCGACCAUAAAUCCCGUGUAUAAUUUGCAAUUGAGAGCCAAUCAUCAUCGUCAUCUUCAUCAUCGCGUGUUGUCGCCGGAAAGACACGCAGUAUCGCAUCAAAAUCGUCAGCCGAGUCGUCCGCAAGACACUCAGAUGUCGUUGCGUUUCAGUGUCACGAAUAUCCUCAAGCCGGAUUUCGGUCGGGAGGCGAUCCUAACGAAAAUAGUGUCGAAACAACCUGUGCUGUCCAGCCCCGUCAUCACUACUAGUCCCGUGCAACUUUUGCAAGACAGUUCGUCGCCGCGCGAUCUCAGCUUGUCGUCCGCACGGCUGUCGUCGCAAUCGCCACCGUCCACGAGUUAUGCAGUCCACAGAGAAAGGGACACUUUCUCUCAAUCGGGGCGCACAUCGCCUGUGCGACUCAGCAGGAGCGGCAGUCUUGAAAGUCUCGCAUCCAGCAAAAGCUCGGUCACCAACACCUCGGUUACCAGUACACCUUCUUUGAGUUCAACCUCGUCAACAAUCGGUGUCGAUUCUCUAAAUGGGGACAGUACGCCCAGCAGUAACACAAACACGUCGACGAGCCAAAAAAACAAUACUAACGGCCAGAGCUUGUGGCCCGCAUGGGUUUACUGCACCAGAUAUUCGGACAGGCCCUCUUCCGGACCGCGCACAAGACGGGUGAAACGUUCGCAGAACGCAAAGAGCAGCUCGCCGGAAGAGAAGAGACCCAGGACGGCCUUCAGCGCCGAACAACUGACCAGGCUGAAGCGGGAAUUCACGGAGAAUCGAUAUCUGACGGAGAGGAGGAGGCAGCAGCUCUCGCGGGAUCUGGGCCUGAAUGAGGCGCAGAUCAAGAUCUGGUUCCAGAACAAGCGGGCGAAAAUAAAGAAGGCGAGCGGACAGAAAAAUCCGUUGGCUCUUCAGCUAAUGGCACAAGGUCUUUACAAUCAUUCCACCGUGCCGGUGGACGAGGACGGGGAGGAGAUCGUGAAGGAAUCAUUGAGAUUCGCAUAAAUUCCGAUGAAGGUGAUAAAACGAUGAAUUAGAGACUGGAAUGAUAUGGUGCCAUGUCAGUGUUGAACACUGUCGACGCGGGUAAAGUUACUGGUUCUACCUAUUUACUUUACUUACUUACUUUAUCACGGAACAAAUAAUAUAACAAUUUAACAAAGACUGAAAAUGACACGGGGAUAAACUCAUGUUUGACAAUAUUGAGAGUGCAAUAUUUUUGAUUGAAAACACUAAGGUCGUAUGAAAACUUAAG